AUGGACGAGCAAACGUUCGUCCCGGGGACUAUGAGAGCCCUAUAUCACCGACCGGCUUCUACUGCCAUCACCGAUCUGACAGCUUUGGAUGCGCCCAGGGUAGAUUCGGGGAUUAUCUUCGACACGGACUUUCCUGUACCAAAGCCAGCGGCAAAUCAGUAUCUCAUUAAAGUUCAAACAGCGGCUUUCUCUCAUGACGGACUAAGACUCGCUCGAACCCUCCAUCCAUCGAAAUCAAUCCCUCAGAUUCCCCUACACAACUAUUGCGGCAUAGUCAUCAGCACUCCCACUCAAGAUCACAAUAAACCAGAUGGUCCAAAGUUCAAAAUCUCCGACACCGUCUUCGGGCUCAUUAGCAACACCCGUGAUGGCGCCGCGGCAGACUAUACAGUCGCAACCGAAGAUGAGAUCGCGUUGAAGCCGAAGAACAUCAGUGCCGCCGAGGCAUCUACCAUCCCUGGACCUGCUCUCACAGCAUGGCAGGCUUUGUUCACAUAUGGGGGUCUCGACCCUAGCGACACACGUCAUAAGCUGCGCAUUUUAGUGACCAACGCCCGUGACAACGAGGUCGCUGCCCAGGCGCUUCAAUUGCUCCGAGCUAAAUCCCUAUUCCCACACCACCGGCCAUGGAUUUGCGCCACCUGUUCAUGCCCAGAGCACGACGAUUUCCUACGUGAUCAAAUCAAAGUAGACGAGGUCAUCGACGCCGCGCUCCCCUUACCACAGGACUUCGACCUCGCCAAGAUCUUCCGCAAGAACAAAUGGGAACCAGUCGACAUCAUCCUCGACUGCGCUGGAGAACAGAUGUUCAAUCUCGCCCACUCAUCUGACGUCGUCAAAAAUAACGGCAUCGUCCUGACCGCCGUAGACGACACAGCUGUGCAGCCCAAAACCGCCGACAGAGAAGCCCAGAAUCAGAAGCAAGGUCUCUUCAGUCGAUUCGUUGCCUUGAAACCGGAUGGGAAAGCACUAACUCGCAUUGCGGAACUGGUCGAAGAGGGUUCUAUCCGAGGCCGGGUCCAGUGUCUCGUGGAUCUGGCCCAUGGAGUGGAUGUCCUGGCGUCUGAGGCUGCUGGCGCUGGUGGAGGCAGGCGGGGAGGAAUGAUGGUCUUCCGGGUGAACAUUUGA